AUGUACUCGUCGAUUCGUUCGUCGCUUCCGCUAGAUGGCAGCAUGGGAGAGUACUCUGACGGAACUAACCUUCCCGUCGACGCCUGCUUAGUCUUAACCACUGACCCAAAGCCCCGCCUUCGCUGGACUUCGGAGCUCCAUGAGAGAUUCAUUGACGCCGUCACUCAGCUCGGCGGACCCGACAAGGCAACGCCCAAAACGAUAAUGAGAACGAUGGGAGUGAAGGGUCUCACUCUCUACCACCUAAAGUCUCAUCUUCAGAAAUUCCGUCUAGGGAGGCAAUCUUGCAAAGAAUCAACUGAUAACUCUAAAGAUGUUUCUUGUGUUGCGGAGAGUCAGGACACAGGUUCAUCGUCAACAUCAUCAUUAAGAUUAGCUGCACAAGAACAGAACGAGAGUUACCAGGUCACCGAAGCUCUGCGUGCUCAGAUGGAAGUCCAAAGAAGACUCCAUGAGCAAUUAGAGUAUGCGCAGGUGCAACGGCGACUCCAGCUAAGGAUCGAGACACAAGGGAAGUACCUGCAGUCGAUACUCGAGAAAGCAUGCAAGGCGAUAGAGGAGCAAGCUGUUGCGUUUGCCGGGCUAGAAGCGGCUAGAGAAGAGCUAUCAGAGCUAGCCAUAAAGGUCUCCAACGGAACAGCAACAACAACAACAAGCCCAUUCGACACAACGAUGAAAAUGACAGUCCCGUGCUUGUCAGAGCUCGCGGUGGCGAUAGAGCACAAGAACAACUGUUCAGCGGAGAGCUCUCUGACUUCGAGCACCGUGGGAAGCCCGGUUUCAGGAGCGUUGAUGAAGAAGAGGCAUCGUGGUGUGUUUGGAAACGGGGAUAGUGUGGUUGUGGGUCAUGAAGCUGGUUGGGUUAUUCCUAGUAGUAGCAUUGGAUGA